GGCUUUAAUGGAAACUGUAAUGGUAAAUCUCUACUGGUAAUUUGUUGCCUGCUAUUGGUGGCAUGUUAUGUCUAGUGGAUACCAUUAAGGAUCUAUAAUUGUAAUGGUUUGACCGGGUAGCUGAUGGUUUGUAAUGGUUUUAGUAGUGGAAACCAUUAGAAUUUCUGUAAAGGGUUCUAUUGUUUUGUUUGUUUAGUUUUUUUUUCAGCAGGGACGACCUCAGAACUCGUAUGUACGGAUUUACGAGGUCGACAUGACGUAAGAUUUGAUUCGACAAAGAAGAGGAAAAGACUUUUAUUAUGAAAAGUAACGAAUUUCCGGAAGUCAAGUCUCUCGUUUUUUUUGAGACGUCACACCGAAAUAACUCUCUGCUCCCUAUCGGAGUGCACUACAUAGGGUAACAAGUGUUGGUCUGUGUGCGCUACAUAGUGCACUAUACAGGCUGUAGGGAAGUGUUUGGGAUUCGGCCUGGGUUGUUUCGUUGCAUUUGUCACAUGCUUAUUUAGUCAUAGAUGUGCUGAUGACUGUGUACAAAAUCCCACACACUCACACACACACUUUCCCCUCACACCUACAGGAGACUCAUUAAACACUCCUACCUGUGAAUAACAUGGCUAAGUAUGAAGAAGUCAGUGUCCACGGUUAUGAAGAAUUUUGCAAUGCUGUGUCUGAGAGAAAAGGAAAAGACGUCUUUGUGUACUUCAGUGGCGACAAAGAUGAGCAAGGAACAAGCUGGUGUCCAGACUGUGUGAAAGCUGAGCCUGUGGUUCGUGGGGAAAUGGCUCAUCUUCCUGAAGGUUCGGUCUUCAUUUACUGCCAAGUGGGAGACCGGUCAUACUGGAAAGAUCCGAAGAACGACUUUAAGAAGAAUCUUAAACUCUCUGGAGUUCCUACUCUCCUACGCUACGGCACACCGCAGAAGCUGGUGGAGGAAGAGUGUUUCAAAGCGGACCUGGUGCGCAUGAUGUUCACGGAAGAUUAACGCCUCAUGCUGGCGUUUUUCUACAUAUCCUGACAUUCUUUUCAAAACAUUUUAAUUUAAUGUUGUACUUUUUCAAUGUUUUGUGAUCAUGCAAAUACAGUGUGUGUGUGUGUGUGUGUGUGUGUGUGUGUGUGUGUGUGUGUGUGUGUGUGUGUGUGUUCACUGUGAAGUGAAGGGCAAAGUCUCAUUCUGGCUCUGCAUUCUGUAUCCGAAGUAUACUAAAAGCCUAUGUGCUCACAAAAUCACUGUAUAAGCAAAUACAAAUAUCCGCUGCUUUCACUUAAGUGAGAAUUCUAGUUUUUGCGCAAACUAACAGUAGAAAUAAUAUAAACUCAUUUGCAAUCACAGAAUGUCAUUUGUAACUGUGUACAAAAUAAAAUGCUUACGAACAGUCGAUGGUA